CUCAACAUCCGCUCUCAUCUGGGUUUUCCUCUUAAGACCGCAUCGAGAAGCUUGUUUUCGCUGUUCAUUGCAAAGACUUGCUACUCUUCUACUGCCGAAAUACCGACUCACAACCUAACCUAUCCGCUCCUUUUCGUCCAUCUCCCUCCCGAGUCCUGUCUUCAACAUGUUCAAGUGGGCGCAACAAAAGCUCGCCGAUGUGGCGGGUACCCAGGAGCCGAUUUACGGCCCAACAGCCAUCAGAUCCGUUGCCGAGGAGGCCAAGACAACCACACACACCGAGACCACCAAGGAUGACCUGAAAUGGAUCGCGGCCGACUCGACUUCGGUCGAGACGCAGAGCUUCUACUUGAUGGGCGACAACGGACAUCUUGGACUGGCUCAGGUCAUCUACAGCAAUGUCGGAGGCAUCCGCACGACUUGCCAGUUCAACGCCAAGAUUUUCUAUCCCGGGAAGUCGAAGCCCACUGUCUGGGAGACCACACAGCUCGAACACUACGAGGUCAGCGAUGACCGCAUGUCCUUCUACGCCGACGACUGCGCCGUCGAGCUGUCCGAGGACGGCACCUACUACACGAUCAAGAGCAUGAACUCAGAGAACGCGAUUGUCAAUCUCAAGGUCACUCGCACCGCACCAGGAUUUCACGCUGGCAAGACGGGCAAGACGCUGUUCGGUACCGACCUAGCAAAGCCUUGGGGAACCAUGCGCCACGCCUUUUGGCCGCGAUGCGUCGUCGAGGGCACCAUUACCACCAAGGACGGCCCCGUUGACUUCACCGGCCGCGCGUUUUACGUCUACGCGCUGCAGGGCAUGAAGCCUCACCACGCGGCGGCCAAGUGGAACUUUGUCGACUUCCAGGGCCCCAACUUCUCGGCUGUCAUGAUGGAGUACACCACGCCGCCCUCAUAUGGUUCGACGGUCGUAAGCGUUGGCGGCAUCGCGAAGGAUGGCGAGAUGAUCUACGGCGGCGUUACCCAGACAGCCGCGCACACCAAAGUGAAGAACGACGCUCUCAACGAGUGGCCCGAGCCCGAAGAGGUCAAGUUCACGUGGUCCGGCAAGGACAAGGACGGCAAGGCUGUCGAUGCCAUCAUCGAGGGCCCCUUAGGAGAGCGUCUUGACAGAGUGGACGUUUUGGCCGAGGUUCCAGGCUUCGUCAAGAAGAUAGUAGCGGGCACAGCGGGCACCAAGCCUUACAUCUACCAGUAUUGUCCGACAAAGACUAAACUUACUUUGAAGCUCAAGAUUGGAGAUGAGGAAAUAUCCGAGGAGGGUCUCUGCUUCAGCGAGGCCACUUUUAUCUCCGCAUAGAUAUGGGUAAUGAAGCGACGACUGUGACUUCUUGGGUAGACGUUGAUGGUGUGGUUAGGCGUUCUGAUGGGGCUCUCUGGUCACUCGCUCCUUGGUUACGCGCAUAUUUGUUCCAUAACAAUGUUCUAAUACAAUUAAACACUUUCCAUGUUCU